UCUGUCCCUAAGAUGGCUGACCUAGCCCGAAAGAGGAUUCCUACGGCACUGAUGUCACUUCCACUUUAAUUUCUCGCCGUUCUUCCGUCGGAAGUGAAAACGCCAGAGCUGUACAACAGUAACGAGGAUAAAGUAGCUCAUAGAAAAUGUAGUUUAGUUCCUUAGACAUUUAUGGAGCCCUAUUUGUCCAGCGGAACUUCCUCCUUUUGGGACACACAGCCUUUCGCGGGAGUCAAAGAGUCCACCAACUAUCCAUUUUGUAGGCCAGGCUUCCCAUAUCGUCUGCUUCUGUAAAUAGUCCAGACGUCGUCCCAGGGAGAAACAUGAGGGAUGUCUGGAAACUUCACCUCCAUUUCUACAUGUUUGUCGUCAUUUUGGUCCAAGUGCAUGCAGAUGCCUACAUCCUCAAGCUGGGACAGAACGUCACUCUCAACUGUACAGCAGCCAACAAUACCUCUGCUGACAUCAAACAUGUCAAGUGGAUAAAGGAUGGAGCCAAUGUGGCAUCCUUUAGUGACACCUCGGAGAACCAGGUCACCGUGACAGACCCUUCUAAGUUCGCCUUGAGUCUUCCAAGCUACACUCUCACUAUCAAGUCGGCGGCGGAAGAGGAUAAGGGCCUGUACAACUGCACUGUAGAGCACACAGACGGAAACACAACGUCCUCAACAAUAGCGGUUGCCAUGCCAGUCACAGGUGCCCCAGUGGUUACAAGCACUUCCCCGAGAACAUCCACCCUGAGUACAUCAGCUGGAGCGUCUGUAUCUGCGAGGGUGUCCACCUCCUCAGUCACAUCUCCAUCCUCCAUCACAGCCGCAUCCUCCACACUACAGACUGAUAAACCCUCGGGGACAACCUCCUCCCCUAAACUACCUGUGGUUCCUGGGGUUAAUGUGGACCCAGGCUCCUCCCCGUCAACCCCAGGGUCACCCAGGGGUAUAGACCCCCCAGGGCAGCCGGUAGCACUGAAGGUGACGGCUACAACUAUAAAGCUGUCCUGGACUGCCAGCCAAGUCAAUGAUAGCAAAGUUAACUACACUGUUAAUGUCAGUACAAGCAGUGGCAGCUGGAGCAAGUCCAGUACAUACACAACUCAGGACACGGGGCUGGUCGUGCGUCGCUUGAUCCCAGACACUGAGUACUUCUUCCAAGUAAAGGCCACGGAUGCUGAAGGCAACAGUGUCACCGGUCCACAGUCAGAUCCCAUCUCUACAAGAGAGCUCAAACCCGACCAAAAGGUGACCAACUUGCGCGGGGAAGCCCUGAACGGGACGGCGAUAUUUGUGUCGUGGGUGGGACCCAACAUUUCUGUCCCCAGCCACAUAAAGUGGGGAUACUUCCUCAGCUAUAGAGAAGCGAACAGCUCGCGCAGGGCGGCCAGUAACAUCAAGCUGAAGAGGAGUGCCCAGGUGAAUACACCUUGCACGGAAGUUGCAAGCAGAGACCUGAAUGCAUCUGGCAUAUGUAGGGACCUUGAGAAUGCCACCAUCAGUGGCCUCCUUCCCCUCACCCUGUACAAGGUGCAGGUGCUGGUGUACUAUGAUUUUGGGUCAGGUCGGCUGGUGUAUGGGGACUGGAGGGUCAACCAUACACAGACAACAGAGGGAGCUGCACCAGUACCAGUAAUAGAUAGAGACAAACCUGAGACUACAGCCUACAGCAUCGGUAUAGCCUGGACUGUCCCCAGCCCCCCUGUAGCCAGGAUCCUGGGCUUCCGUAUCUACUACUGUUUAUACAGCACCUGUCCCUCCAACAAAACUGUCAUCGAAGUUGGGGACGUAAGGUCUUACGUUAUAAAAGACCUACAACCGUCUACUUUCUACAUGGUUUCUAUGGAGAGCUUCAACAGUGGAUCCACCAGUUCCAGAACUAGAGACUUCCCUGUUAACACUGAUGUUCUACCCCCCUUCAAACCAGAGCAACUCAGAAUCGAGCAGGUCUCGGCUACCAGCAUCAAUGUGAGCUGGACCCAGCCGGGGAUGGCCCUUCGCAGGGUGGACAGCUUCUAUGUUCUCUACAGCCAGUGCUCCUUUAUGUACCUCUUUUGUGCGCUGCCGCAAAGGCGGGAGGUCCCCGUUCGUGACGGCCCCGUCCAGUGGUCCCUGCUGGAGGACCUGAAGCCCGCCAGUCCCUACCAAUUGAACGUUACGGCUAAAGUGCGCAGUAAAAUCCACGGGCGGAAUUAUGUCAACACCUCUGAAUCUGAAAAGAUCUUCCUUGCGGUGUCCGCUCCCACAAAAACCCCACCCCCCGUGCAGACCACCAGUGCCCGUACCACCGUGGAGGUAGACAACAGUAGUGGUACCGGCGCCAUCAUCGGGAUAGCCAUUGCUCUCGGUGCUUUCCUGGUCAUUCUUCUGGUUCUGGCUGCUGUUUACUUUAGGCAACAUGGCUGUCAUGUGGCAAGACGAUUACGAUCAAGGAAGUUUCACCAGACGGCGUGUUACUACAUCGACGAUGAUGGGUCUCCUAGGGUGGUGAAGAUACAGCACAUUCCACUGCCGGUCAUGUUGGAUGGGGAGAAUUCACAGUCCAUUGCUGUUGGGCAGUUUGCAAAGCACGUGUCCUCCCUCCAUGCGGACAGUGACCACGGCUUUGCCUUGGAGUAUGAGGAGAUCCACCAAAGCACAGCCAACAGGUCGGACCUGAAGUGGGAACACACCAUGCACCCGGACAACAAGCACAAGAACAGAUACAUCAACAUCGUGGCAUAUGACCACAGCCGUGUACAGCUGAAGCCAGUGUUGGGCAGACAGAAGCACUCAGACUACAUCAAUGCAAACUUUGUGGAUGGAUAUGAAAAGGCAAGAAAGUUCAUAGCUGCUCAAGGUCCUCUGAAGGCGACGUUUGGAGACUUCUGGAGGAUGGUGUGGGAACAGAACACGGCUGUGAUCAUCAUGCUUACCAACCUAGUGGAGCGUGGAAGGCGGAAGUGUGACCAGUACUGGCCCACAGAUGGGACGGAGCAGUAUGGACUGGUCACCGUCACCCUGAAGCACACCAAGGUGCUGGCAAACUACACCAUCAGGACUUUCUCCUUACGCCAUGCCAAGGUCAAAAAGGGAAAGGCUGAGCGCACAGUGCUGCAGUACCACUACACACAGUGGCCCGACCACGGCACCCCUGACUACGCCCUCCCCGUCCUGACCUUCAUCAGGAAGUCAGCUGUUGUCAGAGGGGGGGAGGAUGUGGGGCCCAUGGUGGUGCACUGCAGUGCCGGAGUGGGGAGGACAGGGACCUACAUCGUGCUGGACACCAUGAUGAGGCAGGUGGAAGAGAAACAUUCGGUCAACAUCAAGGGCUUCCUCAAGCACAUCCGCACACAGAGGAACUACCUUGUACAGACAGAGGAACAGUACAUCUUCUGCCACGACGCCCUGCUGAAGUUUAUCCAGUGCCGUGACACGGAGAUCGCCCAGCUGCAGCUGCACCACUACAUGGACGAGCUGCUGAAGCCUGGCCGCUCCGGCAGGACCCUGCUGGACAAGCACUUCAAACACAUGAUGGCGCACCAGGCUGAGGAGUUCGAGUACUACUGCGCACAGAAGCCGUGUAACACCAAGAAGAACAGGACGCAGAAACUCCUGCCAGUGGAGGGCACUCGGGUGUCUCUUACAGCAAAGCCAGGGAUGGAGGGAUCAGAUUACAUCAACGCCUCUUAUCUACAGGGCUACAGCAGGAGUAAGGAGUUCAUCAUUACCCAGCAUCCCCUGCCGGAGACGGUGAAGGACUUCUGGCAGAUGAUCUGGGACCAGAACUCCCCGGCGGUGGUCAUGCUGAGCAAGCCUGACGAGGUCAAGAACGGCCCCCACUCUUGUGUUGUGAAUGACAACCUGCCCAGCUACUGGCCCAGCAAGGACAAGCCUAUGGAGUGUGUGACCUUCAAGGUGUCCUUGCAAGACGAGAAGGAGGAGAAAGUCGGCAACGACAACAGUGUGACUGUCCGUAGCUUCCUCCUGGAAGCCACACAGAAAGUGGGCUCUCGAAAGCGCCGAAGGCAGGAAAGCUUCCGAUCACGACAAAGUGCCAGGAUUAAGACCAGCUUCAGGUCCAGACGUAGCGUGAGAGCCGCGCGUCCCGAACAUGACGGGGAAACCCUGCCUUUGCAAAAAACAAGGGCAGGGUCCGAAACAUCGGAUGAUUACGUGCUGGAGGUUCGACACUUCCAGUCGCCUGAUUGGCCGGCAGCGUGCACGGCGAUCAGCGACGUGUUCCACCUGGUCAACCUGGUGCAGGAGCAUGCUGCCACCAACGAGGGCCCCAUCACUGUGCAUGAUGUGUAUGGUGGAGUCUCUGCCGCCACCUUCUGUGGGCUGACAGCUCUCAAGCACCAGCUGGAGGAUGAUGGGAGCAUGGAUAUCUUCCAGCUGGCCAAGACCUACCACAUGAUGAGGCCUGGCAUCUUCUCUGAGAAGGACCAGUACCUGUUCCUAUACAAGGCUAUGCAGACCCAGGUGGCGGGGAGUGCCGAGAACGGUGACAUCAUUACUGUGGACCGCACCGACGAGAGCACCGAGUCUCUGGUCUAGGGUCGCUGCACGCUGACCGAGUCUUCUCUGCAGUCUCUGCUGAAAAUAAGUCUUCCUGUUAUGCACUGUAAUCUCUACAGACAAGGCUAGCUAUGUAGGUCUCUAACUAGGUGAAGAUGGUCAAUCAACCAGUGCUUCUCCUUCGGUAAAGUCAAAACUAUGGGUACUAGUAAUUACAUAUUGGGCACACUCUUCCUUGACCAUUGUGUCUGUAGGAAGCCGCUGUUCAUUUACAACUUACACUUACCAGUAUCUGUUUCACUUGUUCCGUGUUGUAGUAUUUGUUUUGAAAGCAGAGAAAGAAAUAUGUGCGGAAGAAAUAGUUGGUAUUGACUGAGGGUGUUGUAAUGAUGAUCAUGGAAGUCCAUAUUGUAGAGCGAUGAUGUGUAUCAUGUGUAAAAUCUGUGGUUGGUGAGGUGUAAACAGUAUAGAAUACCCUGGAGCUGUUAGUGUCUGUAUGUGGUGUGGUAUCAAUGUUUAAGUAAACAAGAAAGAAAAUACCUGUAUGUUUUGUACAGUCAACAUGUAUAUUUUUUUGGCCUCUGUGUAACAAAAAAACAACAACAUGUAAUUAACUAUUGAUAUUUGUUGCUUCCUUUGCACAGUAGUUUCAUUUCUCUGUGUAUUUCUAAAGUUGCCAAGUUAACAUAGAUAGCUCCCAUGUACUGGGCUGCCUUGAUGGUGCUAGUGAGCAAGCAGCAUUGUACCUAAAACUUUAUCAUCAACUAUUUUUUUUAUAUCAGAUAUCAUGUACAUAAGAAAAGGUGUAUUGUGUCUUGUUUGUGAAUUGCUUGAUCAGGAAUACUUUGUGUAAAGCAGUCGGAUGUACAGCAAGUAGAGUGACAUAAUAUGUGUGUGAUCUGAGGCCAAAACGUGUGUAUUAGAUUUCAAAUCUAGCUUUUUUUAUAAAGCCAUGAAAGAAAGAAACUGAUUGCAUGAUGUGCAUGCAGAGUACAUCAGUGUGAGUUUGCCUAGAAAAUUGCGAAAGAAAGGUGAAGAGGCAAAAGCUUGCCUGAAACGAAAAGGAGAAUAUUCAGAAGUUCAUUACCUUAAAAAUGCUUUCCUUUUCUUGAUGUAAUCACUCUUUGUGUACAAAUGAGUUUACAAUGUAGAGAAGCUUCACUUGGCAGGGAAAUGUUGAGUGACAGUAAAGAUGAAGAGCAUUAUUUUAGUUGUAGUGAAACACAUCUUUCUAGACUAGCUGAGUUUUAUGAAGUCUGAAUGAAACUGCCAAAUUUGCCAAUUUGAAACAGCAAAUUUUUCCAUUGAAUGUGGUGUACAUGUAGUAGUUAAAUGUGUAUGUGAGCAUAGUGAGGAAGUGUAGGUAGGUAAGAUGGAACUGUGUCCAUGACAGAAUAUAGUACUUUAGUUUCAUUGUAUUGUAACAAAACAAUGGAGAAUCUGUACGUUUUGUAAGUUUAUAAGAUAUGUGUUUGUAACAUGUUCGUUUUAUACUGUGAUAAUGAUCUUAUCAUCUGUACUAAUUAUAACCCAGGCCUUGUAACAAGUAUUGACAGGGAACAUACUAUUAGGCAAAUAGCCAUGUCUGCAUUGUAGAAGAGGCAAUGGUCUGUAUAAUGAUGUGGUAUAUGAGUAGAGGUCUCAAACAACACAUAAAAGUGUGAAGAAACAUGGAAAGGAGACACUGCUGCAUAUAAAGUUGAUGCAAGUCUCUCUUUGAAUUUUUCUUUUUGUUCUGAAAGAAUGACAGAUGUUAAGUGUAAUCUUUUCCAACCCUUAAGAGUUUUUCAAAUUACCUUUUAGAAAAGACAUUUAUGGGACUGGACUUGGUUAUUAUCAUUCGUUGCACAUGUCCUAGCAGGAAAGUGUUGCCUUAUGCUGAAAGCUUUUGGUUUUGUAAAAAGCUGUUAAAAAGAAAACUGCAACAGUUGUGUCUUUACUUUGUAUAUUUGACAUACUCAUGGCCAUCUGUCACAGAUUGGCCACUGUCAGCUGUGUAAAAGGUCUGUCAUAGACAGACAUUCUGCAGCCAAUGAUUUUUUUCAUGUACAUAAUUUGAGUCUUUUUUUUAAAACCUUCAGUCACACAGUUCUCUUCUUUGUUUCUUACCUGUCCAUUUUCAUGUAUACCAACAUUUUUAUUUCAAUCUUUAAUUUUUUUUAUAAUUAUAUAAAAAAAUUUUGAAAAAGUUUGAAAUGUUGAAAAAAAAGUGCAAAUGGCGACAAAGUUUAAUAUACGUGUAUGUUAAAGACAUCCUCUGCCAGUGAUGUGCUUGAAUAUUAUUAUUUUUAGUUCCAUCUGUGCCAUUUUGUGUGACAUCAAGAGUAGAGUAAUGAUACAUUUUAGAUGUUGUUGAUGCACGCAAGCAUAUCUUACUGUACAAAACAGUAUCAAAUGUGCAAAGCAUUUAGUUAUUGUGUUACUUGUAAUUGAACCACCAGUAAAUGAAGAAUCAGCAAGUGUUACAGUAUAAUGGUGGAUAAUGUACAUAGUGCCAUUUUAUGUGGUUACACUAACAAAGGUACAAGCUCUGCUCCUGUCUUAGUCCAUGUUGGGAGUUAUUUUUCUAAUUGUGUCUGGAGCAAUUUGUAACAAGUCGAGCACAGAUAUUACCAUAGUUGUACACCUGAAACCUGCAUAUGUUUCAAUCCUAAUGAACAGUGUUGGAUUCCUUAAUAUCAACAAAGGAAAUUUGUGUAACAAGGAUGCAAAAAUGAAUAUUUUUUUGCUUAAGGAAAGAAAUUGUAGAUAUUGUACAUAGCAUAAAUAUUUUGUUCUUUAUUUAAGAUUCUUUUCUGUUUAUUACUAGAUUUAAUCUAAACCACACUUGUAGGGGCUGGUUCAUAACCCCCUAAAGACAGUAAUAUGUAAGGUUGCUGUGAUAUCUGCUGACUGCUAGUAGUUAUGUUGGUCACCUAUCGCCACAUCAAUUCAAUUGUGCAUUUACACUGGAUAUUGAGAGUAAAAAUAUCCUCAGCAUCGGAACUGUAUUAUCUCCAUUUUUGUGACAAGCCUAAAUUUCAAACCUUCAAACAAAAAUCAAAAGAAGAUGGUUUAAAAAAAACUACACAAUUGAAUUGGUGUGGCUAUGAGUAAGUGAUAUUUAUACUAAAGCAGGAUACAUUAGCAGUCACAUUACUGAGACUUUUAUCCCUAGAAGUGAAAUUCUUUCUUUUGGGGAGUACGUAUUUGUACAUGUAUGUCAUAUAAGGGGAAUGUUUUGACACUUAGUUUUGCUUUGUAAUAGGAGAUACAAUGCUACAUAUUGUAAGUUACAAUGUAAGCAUUCCCCUAAAGUUUUCUAGUAUAAAACUCUUAACUAAGAUGGCUUAGUUACCAUGGCAAUGGACAGGUUGAUAUAUCAGUAAUCAUGCAAUUGUUAUGUAUCAUAUAAUCCGCAACAAGAAGUAAAAAUGACAUUUAGGCUUGAUAAGUGGCAUACAGAAGUUAUGACCAUGCAAGUCAAAGGAAAUGUUGGCAAAGGGCAAUGACAGUGGUAAGCAUUGUCUUCCAUUAAUUUUGAUAAAGUUUUGAAGAAUACAGCGAGCUUAAGCAGUGCUAUACAUUGUAUGAAGCUUGUCAUUUUAGUUGCAGGGAGCUGUCAUACGAACAUGGCUGUAAAUGGGUAUGAUUUACUUAGCGAUUUAGUUACAUAAAUAGUCACAUUUGGA